UUGAUAAGACUCCUGAAAGUUGAAGUUUACAGCAGUGAUGUAGAGGAUGAACUAAAUUCAUCUCUAACGAAGAAGAGGGCUGGAGUGGUCAAUGUGUUUGAGUUGGAACGAGUUAAGGUCAACGAUAAGCUGGACAAGCUGGAUGACGAAAAUGUAUUCCCUCAGCUAGAUGACAGUCAGCGACGAGCUCUAAAGCAGGCACUUACCAAUGAGUUGGCUAUCAUACAAGGACCUCCUGGGACUGGGAAAACAUUCAUCGCUGUUGAAAUUGCCCGGAUAAUGCUUCAAAACCGAAAUCGAUGGGGAAUUACGGAACCGAUGUUAAUCGUGGCAUUUACGAAUAAUGCCGUUGAUCAAAUAGCUGAAUGCCUUAUAAGAAAGAAUGACGUGGUUAGGGAUUGGUCUGUGGAUCUCAAUACGGAGAAGGUCAUUAAAGAAGUUGACCGGGCGUUAAAGGAUAAAAGAGAAGCACGUGAAAGACUUACAGAAGCCGCUUGUGUAUUGUUUGUCUACAAAAAAAAUCUCAUUAGUUAUCAAGCCCUUGCUAAAGUUAUGCCUAAAAAUUUCAAGUCGGAGCUGAACACUUGGAAAAUCACUCACCGUGAUUCAUCUGGAUAUGAAUUGGAUGACGAUGAGGCUUUGGCUUGUUGGUUGCUCGACAAAUCCUACACUAAAGAAGACAGUAAGAUGGACUUAUCGAAACUUAGCGAUGAUGAGGUCGACACGGAGCAGGUAUCACACAUCGGUGAGGGAAAAACGGCACACUGUGCAAGUAGCAAGUUUUUCUUGUCUUAUCCAAGAGAUAUGCUCUCUGUUGCAUAAAU